AUGCGCCCUGGUCUCUUUGCCCCCGCUCUUGCGCUCGCCGCCGCGACGUCGCCCAACGAGUGGCACCCGUGCCCACUCUACUCGGACGUGGGCACCGCGGCCGAACACAAGCAGUACGAAGCGUCGUACAACUUUACGGCCGAGUGCAUUGAAAUGUCGGCCCCGGUCUGCUACCCCGGCGUGUGCGAAGGCUCCAAGACGCUGACGCUCUUUCUCAAGCGCAUCCCUGCCACGCACCCGACGACGCCGGCCAAGGCCGUGUGGCUCAUGCAAGGCGGUCCCGGUGCAGCGUCCGAUGCGAUGGAGCCGUCCAUGGCGCAGAUCUACGAAGCCGCCAACGGCACCAUUAGCCUGUACACGAUGGACCACCGCGGCGUCGGGCGCAGCUCGCCCUUGUCGGCCAUCUGCCCUGAUGUGGCAAUGGCCGAGAUCGAGACGCUUGACGUGGCGCACACCAAGUGCUUCAAGAAGCUCAAGGCCAAGUACGGGCCCAACGCUGCCAAGGGCUUCUCGGUCACGAGCGCGGCCACGGACCUUGCGACAAUCAUCCAGAGCCCACUCCUCGCGGCCUCGGACGUCUUCGUCUACGGCGUGAGCUACGGCACGUACCUCACCGAGCGCCUCAUGCACCUCGCGCCCAAGAACGUCAAGGGCUACAUCCUCGACAGUAUGCUGGCUGAGAGCCCGUUGAGCACGUACAGCGACUGGGACCGCGACGUUGCGCACGUUGGUACGUGGACCCUACCCCUCUUCUACCCAAGGGACUCAUGCGUUUUUUUCGGUUGUAGAAAAGGAGUACUAUCAUUUCUGCGACAAGGACCCAGUGUGCGCCUCGACGCGAACGACACGGCGUGUGCCCAAACGAUUUAUGCGGCCAAGGGAACUCCGUCCGAUUUUGUGGGAUCGACGCUUGCCGGCAUGUUGACCAACUACAACCAGCGCAACUUGAUUCCUGCGAUUCUCUACCGCCUCGCCAAGUGCGUUGUCGACGUCGAGAGCGAAGCUACGUUCCUGACCGGUCUUCUCGGCCUUGCCUCGGAGGCCGACGAGACGGAAGGGCGCGAUGACAUUGUCCCCGGCGACGCUGAGACGGGCGAGUCGGUUAGCGACGACAUUCUCUACAGCAACAUUGUCUUCAACGAGAUCUGGGAGUCGCCGUCGCCGUCGGUCGAGCGCCUCGAGAAGGACUCGUCCAAGCUCACGUGGCGAAGCAGCGACAAGAUCUCGACGCUUCUCAAGGUCGGCAAGUACUGCCUCUACACGGGCGGCAAGGACGCCGUGUGCAAGCAGUUUGAAAUCGCAGCGGGCUCCGAGUCGUUUGCAUACGCCCAUGACCAGUACUGGAACAAGACGGCGGCGGUUCCGGUCGGCGCGAGUGCCCUCUUGCUCUCGGGCGGCAUUGACGUCCAGACGAUCCCCAAGUAUGCCGUGGCCCAGAAUGCGUCCAUGGCCGGUGACAAGAAGCUCCUUUUGCAGUUCCCGUUUGGCGGCCACAGCAUCAUCUCCACGACCAACACCGACCCCAAGGACCCGACCAAGAACUGCGGCAUGGACAUCCUCAACAUGUACCUCCAGUCGGGCGGCAACCUCAAGGCCAUCAAGACCGACUGUAUGGAAAACGUCCAGCCCCUCGAUUUCACACUCAUCCACGACGAGGCCAAGGCCCUCGAGCUCUUUGGCAACACGACCGACCUCUUUGGCGAUGAAGAGCGCCGUGUGCGGGCGGCCGUGCAGAGCGAAAUCGCCAAGGCAGACGCCAAGCACAGCACCGAGAUGAUUGCGCUCACCGGCGGCUUGGUCGCGUGCGUGCUUGCCGUCAUGGGCAUGGCUCUGUACGUCAAGAAGCAGCAGCGCGCACUGGCCAAGGACAGUACGGCGGCGGUCGAGUCAGAAGUCAAGGACGCCAAGGAAGAUGGUGCGAAGGAGGAGUCUGCCUCGGACGACGCCACGGUCGCCCAGGUCUAA